AUGAGCCAAAAGGGCGACACCACCGUCCAAGACGUCGCGCCCGAGCCGGUGCGUGAACCAUCGCCCUUCAUCCAAGCGUGCAAAUCAGGCAACGUGGACGCUGUCAAGGCCUUCCUCACCGACCUCGAGAUCGACGUCAACGAAGCCGACCAGGAUGGGUGCACGGGUCUCAUGGCCGCAACCCUUGAGCAAUCUCUGGAUGUUAUAGACAUGUUGCUACAAGACUCGCGCGUGCGCAUCAACGCUGUUGACAACGAAUGCGACACGGCCUUCAUAAUCGCCUGCGCGACUGGGAACGUAGCUCUUGUUCAGCGCUUCCUCCAAGAACCGGCGCUGGACAUCAACCACGUGAACACUCGAGGCAUGAGCGGCUUCGUCGUGGCGUGCAUGAUCGGCGAGAAGGAUGUCGUGGACCUCCUCAAGGACAAUGACCAACUCAACGUCCAGCAUCUGAGCAUGGGUUUGUACUUUGCUGGCGUCGGCGGUCAAGCCGAAAUUCUUGGCUUGCUGGCAUCUCUGCCGAACGUGGACGUAAACAUCACCGACCCCAUGCACGGAAACACCCCCUUGAUCGUGGCCAGUCAAUUUGGCCAAAUCGACGCUGUGAAGCAAUUGCUGUCGAAAGAUGCUAUUCAAGUUCACCACGCGAAUAAGUAUGGCGGAAAUGCGUUCCGCAGUGCAUGUGACCGAGGCUACAUUGGCAUUGUCGAUCUCUUUCUCGCCCGAGGUGACGCCUCCAACGAAGAUCUGAACGAGGGACUCAUCGCGGCAGUCGCGAACGGCCAUCUCGCGUUGGUCCAAAAGCUGCUGGCACUUCCAGAAGUCGACAUCAACUACACUGUGCAUCCCGCCGAUUCAAGUGUGCAGUUGACUCCGCUGACCGUCGCCGCCAGCAAUGGCUGUCUCGACAUCGUCCGCGAACUCUUGAGCCACGAAAACGUCCAAGUGAACCCUGUUAACCAGACGAUCGCGUCCCCGUUGGUCCAGGCCAGCUACAACGGCCACUUGGAUAUUGUGAACGUCCUCUUGGGCCACCCUGGCAUCGACCCCAACCAACUCAACGACUACAACAACAACGCGUUGUAUGCUGCAGUCGCCCACGGCCACCAACCCGUGGCGCUGCGCUUGCUCCAAGUCGACGACCUCGCCGUGCACAACCGAAACACGGCCAACCAAACGGCGUUCAUGAUUGCAAGCUGCUUGGACCAAGUCGCCGUCGUCGAGAAGAUCAUGACGCUGCCCGACCUCGACAUCAACGCCGCCGACAUGGCAGGGAAGACAGCGCUGUUGUUGGCGACUGCAAAAGGAGCAUCGAACGUUAUGCCACUCCUGCUCGCGCAUCCGUCAUUGGACCCGAACCAAACCGAUGACAAGGGGUCGUCGGCGCUGUUGACUGCCUGCGCGACUGGCCGCGCGGACAUCCUCCACCUCCUGUUGGCACACCCGAAGAUCGAUGUCAACUUGGCGACUGGGGACGCAUCGACGGUCGUCUUCGGUGCUGCUCUCAACGGCGCUGUUGACAUGCUGAGAAUCUUGCUCGAGGACGAGCGAUCCAACGUGAACGUGACCGACAAGCGCGGCAACACGCCGUUGAUAGCUGCCUGCCACACAAACCAGGCGGAGGUCGUGCGCGUCCUGCUGUCGCAUCCCUCGAUCGACCUCUCGAUUCAGAACGCGGAGGGCAAGACGGCACUGGACAUCGCCACGUCGAACUACUUUCAAGAUGUGGUCGAUUUGCUCGUGGCCCACCGCUAA